AUGGCUCACCAGUUUGAACCUCUGAAAAAUGAUCUGAUCAUCAGAACCGCAUGGGGCCAAAAGGUUGAGAGACCCCCAAUGUGGGUGAUGCGUCAAGCUGGACGAUAUCUCCCCGAAUACCAUGAAGCCAAGGGCAAGAACGACUUUUUCGAAUGCUGCCGCUCCCCAGAAAUCGCAUCCACCUUGACUCUACAGCCCAUCGAGAGAUUCGCAGGCCUCAUUGAUGCGGCUAUCAUCUUCUCGGAUAUCUUGGUCAUCCCUCAAGCAUUAGGCAUGACUGUGGAGAUGGUUGAUAAGAUAGGACCGCAUUUCCCAGAACCUCUCAAAUCGCCCGAUGACGGACAAUAUCAAAAAGUUUUGCAAAAGAAGGUUGAUGUUGCGGCAGAGCUGGAUUAUGUUUAUAAGGCUAUUACAAUGGCGAGGCAUAAGUUGAAGGGUCGAGUCCCGCUGUUUGGAUUCUGUGGUGCGCCUUGGACGCUACUAUGUUACAUGGUUGAGGGUGGUGGGAGUAAGCUGUUCAUCCAGACCAAGACUUGGAUCUAUAGAUAUCCACAAGCAAGCAAGGACCUUUUACAAAAAAUUGCUGAGGUCUGUGUGGAGUAUUUGGCGUUGCAAGUUCAAGCAGGUGCUCAGAUCGUACAAGUAUUUGACUCUUGGGCGGCUGAAUUAUCACCAGCUGCGUUCAAGGAGUUCUCGCAACCAUACUUAGCAUACAUAUCCGAGAACCUCCCAAAACGACUGAAGGAGAAGAACUUAGAUCCUGUUCCAAUGGUCGUCUUUGCAAAGGGAGCAUGGUAUGCAUUGGAUUCUCUCUGCGACCUGGGCUACCAAGUCGUUGGUUUGGAUUGGCUGCAAGAUCCUGCGGAGGCUGUUAAGAUCAGAGGGAACAGACCUGUUGUGCUCCAAGGCAAUGCUGAUCCAGGAAUCCUCUACGGAACAAGAGAGAAUAUCACCAAGGUAUUAACGCAUAUGAUUGCUGGGUUCGGUGGAGGAAAACAAGGCUGGAUCUCUAAUUUGGGUCAUGGAAUCACACCUGGUGUCAAACCUGAUGACUUGAAGUUCUAUUUCGAGGAGAUCCAUCGCUUAACCAAAAGUUAA